AUGUACCUAUCAAGUCAAGUAUUUCGCUAUGUUCUAAUCAAUGAUUCGACUGUACAACAAUCAGCAUGGAAACAUUUUCAAGCAUUAUACUUUCUUAGUCAAGUUACAGGUAAAUCUGGUUAUCCUGCACGAUCAAUAGCUCGAAAAGACGAAUUUCCACCGGCUGAUGAUUGGUUCCCAUCGCCAACUAAUUCCAGUCUUCAAUACAAAGGCGAUACAUCCUCUGAUGAAAUUGUCGGACAUCAAUUUAUCUAUCCAUUAGUUUAUGAUUAUCUAUGUCAAGAUGCUCAACAAUGUUCUCAAGCAUACGAAAUUUUAAUUAACAUAACAGAUCAUAUCAUAACACACGAUUGGUAUUUAAUUGGAGAAAAUCAUACACAUACAACGUGGGGUAUUUGGAAUCCACGAGAAAUUAACAAUAAUUCAUUUUAUCAAGAAACUCGUGGUCUGAAUAGUUUGCAAAUAUUGUCGUUUUUAUUUCAAGCGUAUCGUCUAACGAAGAAUGACCAAUAUUUAGAUCGAAUCGAUGAAUUAAUUCAAUUCUACCAAUAUGAUGUAAAUUUAAUCAAUCAAAAAAUGAUUGCUGUGUGCGAUAUUGAUUAUUCUGAUGAUGAACUAGAAUAUUUGUCUUAUUUUAACAUAGUUUAUGCAUUUUAUCGAAUCAAAUCGUCGAAAACACCAAGCGAACGUGCCAUGAAACUAAUCGAACAUUUCAAAGAAUACAUUUUAAUUGGAAUUGAACUUUCACACAAAUAUAAACGAAUGGAUAAGUCACCUUUUUAUAAUUGGAUCUAUUGUUAUGUUUUAAAUCAACUAAAUUCAUCGAAUUCUGAUUGUGAUUCAUUAAUUAGCGAUGGCGUAUGGUAUUUACAACGUCUCCCAUUAGAAUUAGUGAAUUGGCAACAGUACAACUCGAUGCGAAUGGAUAUCGAAAUCAAUCAAUUAGCUGCGUGUUUGACUGAUGAAUUGUAUUCAAGAAAAGUUUUACCGCCAGAUGAAAGAAUUGUGCAUUUAUGGAAUGGAUCACCUUUUCGUUUAGAUACUGGAAACCCUUUUUACGAAGAAGAUCCAACGAUAUUUUUGAUCAGUUAUUGGGGAAUGCGCUUUUAUAAUUUUCUUGAGAACUAG